GCCCAAUUAAAUACCGAAAUAUCUUGAGAAAAUUACCCCCGGCACACGGCUUCAUUUAUUUUUAUUUCCCAAGAGACGAGUUUAGAAAUUUCAAUCCACUUCAACAUUAAAUAGUUCAUAUUUACGAGUUUAUAAACACUUUAAUCUCAUAAAUACAGUCUUUGACUUCUUUCAAUUAAAUCCCUCUUUAAUUAUCUCUAUACACAAAGCCUAAUCCUCCCUUGUCUGCAUCUCGCCGCCAACAAAGGAUGGACAUAUCGCGGCCAAUCCUCCCCGUCCAGAAGGUCUGCAUCUCGCCGCCAACAAAGGAUCGGCAUCUCGCGGCCAGCGUCACCCCUGCUUUGAGGCCCUCUCCCCCUCUGACUCCCUCCUCCCGCCGCCUGCACCGUUCGCCGCCCCGAUCGAGGCCCGAGAAGCAAAUCGUGCAGAUGACCAUAUCAUAUGGUGUUCGUCUGGGUCGAAUCAUGGUGUUCAACGAUCCGCCGGCCAUUAGGGAAUAUGCAAUUGUACAAUAUGAAAAUGGAGUUUUUUUGCAGUACUUAAUACCUUCUGGUCCGGCACUAUGCCCGACGAUGAACAAUGAAGGAACCGAUGUGGAUCUGGAAAAACAGCGGCUCAUGAGGGACGCGAUGUGGACGACUAUUGUCAAGUCCCGGCGCACGUAUGCGACUAUUGUCAUGUCUCAGAGCACAGAAACAAGUAUCCGAUAA